UCUCCUUCGAAAAGUCGGAGCUCCUUCUCCGUCAGUUCGAACCAGCUGCUCCUCCUUCUCCUUGCUUGCCGUAUAAGGUCUGUCGCCUUCUCUGUCAUUCGCUUCUGCAACUUCGUCUCCUUCGAUCUUGUCCGCCGCCGCGCUCAUCCAACUUCGCCAUCGUCCUCGUGGAUUGCUCGUCCUUGAGACUUUCCGGCUUCCGCUGUUCCUCUCUUGCUGAGGGAAAGCCAACAAUUUUUUUCCGGGUAAACCGUGUUUUGCUUUUUUAAACUCUGUUUUGGGAACCUUCAACGCAGAACUAACCAGAGCCCACAAAAAAAAGUCAAUCCGUGGUUUGAUUUCUCACUCGCCAGUCGCCACCAAACCGUGUCUACAUUUCUAUCUAAAGCGUUGCUCAUCUCCUCUGCCACUCAAUCUCCCUUGGUGUAGCUUCAACUCGCCGGAGAGUCCUUCACAUAAUAGAGACUCUUGAAUUUUAAUGGCAAUUGGGAUAAUCAUUUUGUCGCUGUUCACUGCUGUCUUAGCCUUAAUUCUGCGAUUCACUUUGCUUGUAAUCAAUGGUAGAAGGAAUAGAAGUAAAGCCGUUGGCUUCUUCCACCCUUAUACUAAUGACGGCGGCGGUGGAGAAAGGGUGCUCUGGUGUGCCGUCAAAGCCUUGCAAGAAGAAAGUCCUGAUCUAGAUUGCAUCAUCUACACCGGAGAUCACGAUGCCACGCCUCAGAGCUUGAUUGGUCGUGCCCUUGAUUGCUUUGGGGUCAAGCUUCUCUUUCCUCCAAAGGUGGUGUAUUUGAACAAGAGGAAGUGGAUUGAAGAAACCACUUACCCGCGAUUUACAAUGAUUGGCCAAAGUCUGGGUUCCAUUUAUCUCGCUUGGGAAGCUUUGUGCAAUUUUACGCCAUCAUAUUAUUUUGACACAAGUGGAUAUGCUUUUACAUAUCCACUUGCUCGGAUGUUUGGGUGCAAAGUUAUCUGCUAUACACAUUACCCUACUAUCAGUACAGACAUGCUAUCUCGUGUUCGCCAUCGCAACUUGAUGUAUAACAAUGAUGUCUUAAUUACAAAAAGUAUUUGGCUUUCUUGGUGCAAAUUGUUCUAUUAUACACUGUUCAGCUGGAUGUAUGGGUUUGUGGGGUCUUUCUCACAUCUAGCUAUGGUCAACUCCACAUGGACCGAAUCCCAUAUUGAAAAGCUUUGGGGAAUUUCAAACCGCAUUAAAAGAGUAUAUCCUCCUUGUGAUACUUCAGGACUUCAGGUGCUUCCUUUGGAGAGACCAGUUGAAAAUCCAGUAAUAAUAUCUGUUGCACAAUUUCGACCAGAGAAGGCUCACGGUCUCCAACUUGAAGCUUUUUCAGCCGCCACUCAAAAACUAGAUUGUAGCAUGCCAAAACCUAAGCUCCAUUUUGUUGGUAGCUGUAGAAAUAACUCAGAUGAGGAACGACUUCAAAUGUUAAAAGAGAAAGCAAUUGAACUAAAUGUGGAUAAGCAAGUGGAGUUUUACAAGAAUCUAACAUACAGAGAGUUGGUUGGACGUUUAGCAAGCGCUGUUGCCGGCAUCCAUUCCAUGACAGAUGAGCAUUUUGGCAUAAGUGUUGUAGAGUAUAUGGCUGCUGGUGCCAUCCCAAUUGCUCAUAAUUCUGCUGGCCCAAAAAUGGACAUUGUAUUAGACGAAGAUGGACAAAAGACAGGAUUUCUGGCCUGCACUGUUGACGAAUAUGCUGAUGCUAUUUUGGCAGUGAUAAGAAUGUCAGAUAUGGAGAGGCUUAAAAUGGCUGCUGCUGCUAGGAUGCGAGCAAGGAGGUUCUCUGAGCAGAGAUUCUACCAAGAUUUCAAAGUUGCAGUGCGCCCUAUUCUCCAUCAUACUUCUAAAUGAUGAUCUAACAACUGAUCAACACUAUUCUAACUUAAAUUGAACAUUUUUCUGUUUUGUUGUUCUCUGCAAAUUUUUGCUCUUCUGCUAACCCACUUUUCAGAUGAUGUUGCACUUUGAUUUCUAUUUCCAUCCCUAGUUGAAGCUAUUUUCUUGUUUUUAUUCGAAAUGGUAAACGAUUCUCUUUGUAGUGUGUGUUGGUAUUUGGAUUGUAACACCAAGGAGUGAUUAUAUUUAUUCAUUGCCAUGAACGAACUUGUUCUACAA